CUCCUCGGUGCCAACUUUCUGGUAAGAAAAGUGGAAAACCACCAUUACAGAACAAUGAGAAAGAAGGAAAGAAAGAGCGAGCUGUGGUGGACAAAGUGUUUUUAUCAAGGCUCUCACAGAUCCUGAAAAUCAUGGUCCCUAGAACAUUUUGUAAAGAGACAGGCUACUUGAUACUUAUUGCUGUUAUGCUGGUAUCUCGAACAUACUGUGAUGUUUGGAUGAUUCAAAAUGGGACGCUCAUUGAAAGUGGCAUCAUUGGCCGUAGCAGUAAAGACUUCAAGAGAUACUUGUUCAACUUCAUCGCUGCCAUGCCUCUUAUCUCGUUGGUUAAUAACUUCUUGAAGUAUGGUUUAAAUGAACUCAAACUGUGCUUCCGAGUGAGGCUCACUAGAUACCUCUAUGAGGAGUAUCUCCAAGCUUUCACCUAUUAUAAAAUGGGCAACCUGGAUAACAGAAUAGCAAAUCCAGACCAGCUGCUCACACAAGAUGUAGAAAAAUUUUGUAACAGUGUAGUUGACCUGUAUUCAAAUCUUAGUAAGCCAUUUUUAGAUAUAGUUUUGUAUAUUUUCAAGUUAACAAGUGCAAUUGGAGCUCAGGGCCCAGCAAGCAUGAUGGCCUACUUGCUUGUUUCUGGGCUAUUCCUAACUCGACUUAGAAGACCCAUUGGCAAGAUGACAAUAACAGAGCAGAAGUAUGAAGGAGAAUAUAGAUAUGUUAAUUCUCGACUUAUCACAAAUAGUGAAGAAAUUGCCUUUUACAAUGGGAAUAAACGAGAAAAGCAGACAAUCCACUCAGUCUUCCGAAAACUGGUGGAACACCUACAUAAUUUCAUUUUCUUUCGGUUUUCUAUGGGUUUCAUUGAUAGCAUCAUUGCCAAAUAUGUUGCCACAGUAGUCGGGUACCUGGUUGUCAGUCGCCCUUUCCUAGAUCUCUCCCAUCCUCGGCACCUUCAUAGUACACAUUCAGAGCUCUUAGAGGAUUACUACCAAAGUGGAAGAAUGCUUUUGAGAAUGUCUCAAGCUCUGGGCCGUAUAGUUUUGGCUGGCCGUGAAAUGACUAGACUGGCUGGUUUUACGGCUCGGAUUACAGAAUUAAUGCAAGUACUAAAGGAUUUAAAUCAUGGCAAAUAUGAACGCACGAUGGUAUCGCAGCAGGAAAAAGGUACUGAAGGAGCACAAGUUAGCCCCUUGAUACCUGGUACUGGAGAAAUCAUCAAUGCAGACAACAUUAUAAAGUUUGAUCAUGUACCUUUAGCAACACCAAAUGGAGAUAUCUUGAUCCGAGAUCUUAGUUUUGAAGUUCGAUCUGGGGCCAAUGUUCUGAUUUGUGGUCCAAAUGGAUGUGGAAAGAGUUCCCUCUUCCGUGUUCUUGGUGAAUUAUGGCCUCUUUUUGGAGGACGUCUUACUAAACCUGAGAGAGGAAAAUUAUUUUAUGUUCCUCAGCGACCCUAUAUGACCCUGGGAACACUGAGAGACCAAGUGAUAUAUCCAGACGGAAAAGAGGAUCAGAAGAAGAAGGGGAUAUCUGACCAAGUGCUGAAGGAGUACUUGGAUAAUGUGCAGUUGGGUCAUAUCCUUGAAAGGGAAGGAGGCUGGGACAGUGUUCAGGACUGGAUGGAUGUACUCAGCGGAGGAGAAAAACAAAGGAUGGCGAUGGCAAGAUUAUUUUAUCACAAGCCCCAGUUUGCCAUUUUGGAUGAAUGCACAAGUGCAGUCAGUGUGGAUGUGGAAGGCUACAUUUACAGCCACUGUCGGAAGGUUGGCAUCACCCUCUUUACCGUUUCACACAGAAAAUCCCUUUGGAAACACCAUGAGUACUACCUGCACAUGGAUGGUAGAGGCAAUUACGAAUUCAAAAAGAUCACAGAAGAUACAGUUGAGUUCGGAUCGUAAAGACCACCUCAAGACCUUCACCCGCUUCGAUGAAACAAGAAUGCAUUUGUUAAUGCAAAGUGCAUUGUAAAAUAAGGUUAAGCUUGUUUUUUUAAAAAAACAAAGCAACAAAUUGACUAGAUACAGGAUCUAAUUGAAACAUGUUAAAACACUUAAUAUUGUAUAGGAUAUUGCUAAUUGUGUAUAUGUUGGUUUAAUUAUUAAUUAUGUACUAAGAAUGUCCUUAUUCUUGUGGUUAAAAAACCUGCCUGAAUUAAAUUGGGCUUAAAUCAGUGUAACCUGAUUCAUCCUGGUAUGUAAACCAUUUGAAGUCAGCUAAUUUGACUUUUAUGGCUCUAUCUUUUCUUUUAAUGAAGAACCCUAUUUAAAACUGGGGUCAUUAGCUGUUCUGUCCUAACAAAAUAGUCUUUUGAGUUUCAUUUCUAUGUGCCCCAUGGUAAUGGGAACCAACCAAUCACAAUGUAUUAUUAAGUAUACCAUCAAUAUAGGAUAGCACUUAUUACCCAGUGGCAGAUUUUUUUAUUUUUAUUUUUAUUUUUAUUUUUUUUGGUUUUUCGAGACAGGGUUUCUCUGUGUAGCUUUGCGCCUUUCCUGGAACUCACUUGGUAGCCCAGGCUGGCCUCGAACUCACAGAGAUCCGCUUGGCUCUGCCUCCCGAGUGCUGGGAUUAAAGGCGUGCGCCACCACCGCCCGGCGCCAGUGGCAAAUUUCUUUAGCUGCUGAUUUAUACUCAUUCCUCAUACAAGCCUUGAGGUACAUUUGACUCCAAGAGAGCCAUUUGGGUUUUCUUUAGCUAAAUAAUCAGUGUACCUCCUCAGUCUUAUGGACUGGUUCUUUGUGGUGGUGUACAGCAGUGUGUGUGGUUGUGCUUACAGCCUGUGGUUAAUACACGUUACGCCCAGUUUUAUCAAUGUUUGGAGUGUCCAGGCAGGAUCUCCUGUGUCAAGCUCAAGGUCUUACAAGAAUUUUAGAUUUUUGUGAAAAGAAUUGGACAGGUUCAUCAGAAAUGUGGUUGUGUAGUAGUGAACCCCAUAUGACUGUAGAGGCACUACACGAAGUAACACACUGAGCACACAGUGUUACUGCUGUCCUUGACUGGGUUUUUGUUUUUAAAAAUGGUAAACAUUAUCAUGCACAUGGGUGAAUGACAUUUCCUAGGAGCUGCCUCUGACUCCUCUACGACUACUUUUGUAUCUGGAUUACCAUGUUGAGAGAUCAUCUCUGGCUCCCGAGCACCAUUAGUGACUACACCUGUUGUUUGCACAAAGGAGGGCCAAGGCUGGACAUGAUCAAUAAGUGGUCAUGAAGUUGGCUUUACCAAACGGGUUUGGAAAGGGGCAUUUGAUAGUCUUGUUUCUGCAUAACUCAGAAUCACUGGCUACCAAAAUAACCUUGAUGUAUUGAGUCCAGAAAUACAUCACAUUCAGUUUUACUGUGUCUCCUUAGCAAACUUGUGUACUUAUUUUCUGUUCAGAUUAAAAAAAAAUUUGGAUAACCUACA